CACAUGCAUUGGAACGUGUUAAUCGUGCAUAUCGAAGAUUCGAAUGGAAAUUGAAUCGGAUAUCAUUGGUGUUUAAUAUCUUCGUUAUCAUUGGAUUUAAUUGAUAAGUAUUAGGUUUCGAUAAAUUAUGACGCUUCGUUACAUCAAUAGUUGGUUAUUAAGUUAAUUUUGAGUGAGACUUGUUCGGAUUCGUAGAGCAGCACAGCAGUCGUGAGUUAAUCAGUGAAGAGGACGGUUUUAAGGUCUCGUUCUUAUAAGGAAUUUAUGCGUUGAAAAAAUGGAGAUAGAAGGGAGAAUCGUUCGUAAGCGGACUUUUCGAAGCUUCCUGCAACGCAUACCACAGCGUCUAUCAGAAGUGGUCGAACAUUUUUUCUAUGAGCUUGGAUUGCGAAUUGCUCGAAGUCCAUUGAAAUGGAUAAUUGGAAGUGCUGUGAUAGUAUUAAUUUCCCUUUCUGGUCUUUAUUUUUUUCAUCAAGAGAAAAAUCCUAUAAGAUUAUGGGUUCCGCAGGAUUCGGAAUUUGUUCGUGAUACAGAAUGGAUGUUUGAAAAAUUUGAUCAGAGUUUGAGAUUAGAAAAUAUGAUAUUAACAGCGGACAAUAUAUUAGAACCAGAAAUACUUGCAAAGCUAAAUGAAAUAACAAAGCAAAUUAUUUCUAUACAAACUCCUGAUCAAAUUGCAUGGACUGAUAUAUGUUUCAAAGUACCUGUCAUAUCAGGUAUUGCACAUAGAACAAAACGCAGUGAUCAAUCUGAUGAUUUUUUUGAAAUUGAACCAGAAGUAUUAAUUAAUAAAACAAUAUUUGAACCUGCAGUUCAUGCUAAUCCUGAACUCUAUUGCCAUAUAGUUAAUAAUUUACCAAAAGCUUGCCUGUUAAAUAGUAUUUUGGAUAUAUGGGAAUAUGACACUAAUGUGAUACUUCAUAAAUCUAAAGAAGAAAUUAUUAAGGAUAUAAAUAAGAUAAAAAUUAGCCCCACUUUGGGCCAUCCACUAAAUUUUACAGAAUUGUUGGGUGGUAUAAUAAAAGAUGAAAAUGAUAGAAUUAUUUCAGCCACAGCUGUGAAAACACAAUGGGCAAUUAUUGUAAACUUUUCAGAAGUGGAUAUGCAUGACUUUGGCAAUGAUGUUGGAACAGCUGAUUGGGCAACAAAAGAUAUAUUACAAUGGGAAUUAUCCUAUUUGAAUGUAUUGCAUAGAAAUGCAAAGUUGUUGAAUAGUGAAAAAAAUGUAAACAAUACAUUAGCUAUCUGGUAUGAAGCUGGAAGAAGCUUCGGUGAUGUUACGUUUGUAACGAUGUUUGGAAAUAUUGGUAUAUUAUCAAUAGGAUUCUUUUUGAUGUUUUUCUAUGUUCUAGUCAUAUCGUCGGAAUAUAAUUGGGUAGGAUGUAGGGUUUAUCUCACAAUUGUCGGUCUUUUGUGUGUGGGUGGUGCUUUUAUAGUUUCAAUUAGUGUAUGCUCUCUUCUCGGUAUUUCAUAUGGGCCUGUACACACUUCUUUGCCUUUUUUAUUAUUGGCUCUCGGAGUAGACGAUAAUUUUUUAAUAAUGGCAUCUUGGAAAGAAGUACAUGCACAAAAAUUGAAUCGAAAUAAGCCAUUAGAAAAAAGAAUAGCAUUAAUGUUAGGACACGCUGGUUCUGCGAUUAUUAUUACUUCUCUUACUGACGUUGUUGCCUUUAUUAUUGGUGCAUCCACAAUAUUACCAUCUCUUCAAUCAUAUUGUAUUUAUGCAGCGUUUGGAGUAUUAUUAACAUUUUUAUUUCAAAUUACAUUUUACGUUGCUUUUUUCUCCAUCGAUGCUCGACGAAUCGAGAAUAAAAGAAAUUCGAUAUUUCCUUGCAUUAUUCAUGAAAAUUUUACACAAAAAUUCAUCAAUCCACAAGAAGAAUUUUCUACCAAGUUGAUAAAUAAAAUAUAUUCAAACAUAAUUUUAACGAAACUUGGAAAGAUAACGAUAGUAUUAAUAACAAUAGUUACAGCAUCGGUUGGACUUGUCGGUAUAUUACAAUUGCAACAAUGGUUCGAUCCAACAUGGUUUAUACCAAACCAUUCAUAUUUAAGCAAAUAUAUCAAUGUACAUCGUGCUGAAUACCCCGAUCGAGGUUACGAAUCAAUGAUUCUCAUGGGAGAUUUUAACUACACUGCCGAGUUUCCAAAGUUAAUAAAUCUAUCGGAAAAAUUUGCAAAUUUAUCAACAAUACAAAGUAUAAGUGCGUGGCCUAUUGAUUUUACAAAAUUUGUUUUAGAACAUUUUCAAAAAGAUUUAAGAAACGUAAUACUGGAGGAUACAGAAUUUCAGAAUUAUUUAUCCAAGUUUUUAUUUAGCCGAAAUGGAGGCAAAUAUCAACGGAACUUUCGUUUCAAAAAAAGUUUAAUAUGUGGUCAAAAUACCGCACCUAUUUCAGUAGCCACUAUAGAUUUUAUCUUUAAACGAUUCUAUGGUCCUCAUCAGUGGAUUCCAGCAAUGGAUGAAAGUAAACAAGUGGCACGUGAAGUUGGAAUCAAUGGUUUUGUUACAGUCUGGAGCGAAAUUUUCAGUUUAUGGGUCACGGACAAAUUGAUCGCCCAAGAAGUUCAACGCAAUGUUUUGUUAGCUUUAAUUUGUGUUAUGGGAAUGACAGGAUUGCUGAUUGCUGAGUUACAAACGUGCUUUUGGAUCUUUUUAAGCGUACUCCUCACACUUUUGAACGUUUGUGGAUUUAUGUAUUUCUGGAAUUUAACAAUAGAUAUUGUAUCUUGCAUUGGUUUAGAAUUGGGUAUAGGAUUGUGCGUGGAUUAUGCUGCUCACGUUGCACAUGCAUUUAUAAACGCUGCAUGCAUAGAUGGAAGUGAAGAUCGUACUAAAAGAGCGCAUAUCGCAGUAAGAUAUAUUGGUGCAGCAGUUGCAUAUGGUGCUGGUUCAACAUUACUUGCCCUUUCUAUGAUGGCAUUCUCGGAGAGUUAUGUUUUCCAUGCGUUUUUGAAAAUUUUCGUUUUAGUAAUAUUAUUUGGCCUUUGGCAUGGAUUAUUUCUUUUGCCAGUUAUAUUAAGUACUAUUGGUCCACGAAGUCUACGAUCACACAAAAGUCCAGAAUCUAUUGAAAAAAUGGAAGAUACGGAUGAUACUGUCAUCAAUCCAUUAAAUAAAGAAUUAAAUACAGAGAGUUAAACAAAA